UCAGCUGGCAAGAUCAGCUUGCAGAAGUAGAAGAAGAAGUAGAAAACACAUGCAAGUGCACUACAUGUUUUCAUAUUUGAUCCGAUGUACAUUUUCUACUUGAAGAAAGUUACUAUAUCACUAGAAGUCUCAAGAUCGAUCGUGACAACAUGAUUAUUCGGCGCCUCGGUUAAGAGAGAAUCAGUGGACGUUUCUCAUCUAUUAACAUUAGCAUGACCUGCAGACUGACAUGAGCAGGAUUAAUUGAUCAUCUGAUGGAGAUAUGAAGCUCAAAGAGCUAGAAAGCUGUCUUCAGCAGGUGGAUGGAUUUGAGGAGCCCAAAAUACUCCUGGAGCAGUACCCCACCAGUCCGCAUAUAGCGGGCUGUAUGUUGUACACCAUCCACAACACAUUUGAUGACAUACAGAAUAAACUAGUUGCAGACUUGGGCUGUGGAUGUGGAGUUCUGUCUAUAGGAGCUGCAGUGCUUGAUGCUGGACUGUGUGUCGGAUUUGACAUUGAUGAAGACGCCUUGGACAUAUUCAAAGGAAAUGUUGAGGAUUUUGAACUGUCAAACAUUGACAUGGUCCAGUGUGAUGUUUGCUCUAUUGGAUCCUCUUAUGCCAAGAAGUUUGACACGGUCAUCAUGAACCCGCCAUUUGGCACGAAGCACAACCAGGGUAUUGACAUGCAGUUCCUGCAGACGGCGAUUUCCAUGGCAAGUACAGCAGUGUAUUCCCUUCACAAGACCUCAACGCGAGAUCACAUUCAGAAGAAAGCAAAUGAUUGGAAAGUGAAAAUGGAAAUCAUUGCAGAGCUCAGAUAUGACCUGCCAGCAUCUUAUAAGUUCCACAAAAAGAAGUCGGUAAGUGAAUGUUUUGCUACAAACCUUUUUUUUUUCUAUCUUAUUAUUUUAGGUUGAUAUUCAAGUGGACUUCAUUCGAUUUACUCCAACAUAAACGGCAAAAAGGAAUUUGUGUUGCUUUGCAAAAUUUUAUGUUUUUUUUUUUUUUAUAUAAAUACACUGUUCUUCAUAAUAAAUUUUAUAAAUGAC